AUGUUAAAAUCGGAAACCAAAGAUGCCAAAGAUAAAGUCGAGAAAUGGAUGGCUUGCCCGGUUGUAGCCACUGACUAUCCCGGUCUAGCUUACCUGUGUACCUUGAACGAGCUUCUAGUAGUCGAGAGAGUCGACGCCUUACACGAAGUAAUAAGCAAAACGCGGAGAGUCGGCUAUACUAUUUACAAUAACGCAGGCGAAAAAGUUUUCCUCGCCGUGAAGGAGUUACAAAAACAAGAACGUUUCACAAUAAAGGUCUUUAACAACUACGGAAAUGAAAUUAUUCAGGUGAAGAAGCCUACGAAAUUAUUCUUCAACAACGUAUUAGUGUGGGCACCCCCAGGUAACUUUGUAGGUUCUGUCGAACAAGAUAAAUGUUGGAGUCAAAAUUACGUUAUGAAAAACCGUUCUGGCGAACCAAUAUUGAAGUUGAAAGCUCAGAAGGUGUUCAAAUUCGUGUAUGACAUCAUGUCUGGUGAAGAGAAAAUAGGCACUAUAAUGAGUAAAUGGGAGAUAAGCAACGUAAAUGAAUACAAAUUCGGUGUUACCUUUCCAAUAACUAUGAGUGUUGAAGAGAAAUCAGUAUUGCUAGGCGCAUGCUUUCUAAUGGAUUGUUUGAAAUGUAAUAAAUGCUGUUGA